ACAUGCAGGACAAACUGCGCAUCCUGGAAGACCUGAACAUGCUGUACAUCCGCCAGAUCGCCCUCAGCCUGGAGGGCACGGACAUCCAGAAGAAGAUCGACCAUGAGAUCCGCAUGCGCGAGGGGGCCUGCAAGCUGCUGGCGGCUUGCACCCAGCGCGAACAGGCCCUGGAGGUCACCAAGAGCUUGCUGGUCUGCAACAGCCGCAUCCUGGCCUACAUGGCCGAGCUGCAGCGCAUGAAGGAAGCCCAGGUCAUGCAGCACAUGGCCCGGCGUCCUUCGGAUGCUGGUCCCACAGACGACCGCUUGCCCUGUCGGGGCAGAGUCUGCAUCUCGGAUAUCCGGAUCCCUCUGAUGUGGAAGGACACAGAGUAUUUCAAAAACAAGGGUGAUCUGCACCGCUGUGCCAUCUUUUGCUUGCUGCAGAUUGGCACAGAAAUCUAUGACACCGAGAUGGUUCUGGUCGACCGGACACUGACAGACAUCUGUUUUGAGAGCGCCGUCCUCUUCACGGAGGCAGGUCCGGACUUUGAGCUAAAAGUGGAGCUGUACAGCGCAGGCCUGGAGGAGGACUCGGCCCUCGGCAACACCCCAAAGAAACUCGCCAGCCGCCUGAGCAGCUCUUUGGGGCGUUCAUCCGGGAAGAGAGUCCGAGCAGCCCUGGACGGGGGUGUUCCCGGCAGCCCCGUGAGCAAUGGAGGCAGCAGCCCAGUCCUGCUUCCGGCCCCCAGUGUGGCAGGCCCCAAGUACCAGCUGCUGGCAUGCACCACCCUCCGCCUGGCUGACGUGCAGGACGCCUUCCGGACCCAUGACCUUGUCAUCACUGGCCACGAGGAGAGCUCCUUCUGGCUGCCCCUGUAUGGCAGCGUCUGUUGCCGGCUGGCUGCCCAACCCCACUGCAUGGUCCAACAGAUGAUGAGUGGCUUCCUCAGGGUGCAGCAAGGUGAACAGCCAGGCUGGCUCCGGCUCUUCUGUGUUCUGCACGGCCCCAAACUCCUCUGCUACCACCGCCCCCAAGAGGCUGAAACCCAGGUGGAGCCUGCGUUCACCAUCACUGUCAGCAAGGAGACGCGCAUCAGGGCGAUGGAGAGGGACCCCAAAGACCGACUGCCGAGCAUGUUGGUCACCAACCGCUACGGGGGCGAGGGGGUAACCCACACGCUGCUGGCUGAGAACCGGGCUGAGACGCAGCGCUGGAUGGAGGCCUUCUGGCAGCACUUCUACGACCUGAGCCAGUGGAAGCACUGCUGCGAUGAACUGAUGAAGGUGGAGACGCCCUCCCCACGCCGGCCCACUGCCCAGCUGCCCAAGCAGGGCUCUUUGUACCACGAGACAGCUAUUGAACCAGCGGAUGACAUCGAGGCUGUGACAGAGAUCCUGGUGCGGCGGGGGGUGUCGGGCCUGGGAAGCCCCGUGUGGCUGUCCCUCUUUGAGGGGCCAGGGUCCCCUCCUGCCGUGGCUUCAGACAGCGACAGCAACUCCAGUGCCAGCCCACGCCCGUGGCAUCCUCCCUGGGGGCGGCCUCGCACCCUCUCUCUGGACGCCAAGCUCAGCAUGCUGAACGGACGCUCGGACCGCCUGCCCCCUCCUCGGUCCCACGACCCCUCGCAGUCCAGCUCCAGCUCCUCCAGCAGUGGCAGCCCCACCCCGGAGCCAACGCGGCCGCCGCGCCCCCAGGCCCACCCGACCUUUGACCCUUGUCUGUGGCUGCAGUCCCAGGUCUGA